CACGCCUCAAACCCCAACCACAACAAGCCCACAGUCCUCCCCCCAAACCCAUCUCUCGCCUCCUGCUCCCCGCCGAAACAGCCAUGGCGCCCAAGGCCGAGAAGAAGCCCGCGGCGGAGAAGAAGCCUGUGGAGGCGGAGAAGAAGCCCAAGGCCGAGAAGCGCGUGCCCGGCAAGGACGGCGGCGCCGACAAGAAGAAGAAGAAGGCCAAGAAGAGCGUGGAGACGUACAAGAUCUACAUCUUCAAGGUGCUCAAGCAGGUCCACCCCGACAUCGGCAUCUCCUCCAAGGCCAUGUCCAUCAUGAACUCCUUCAUCAACGACAUCUUCGAGAAGCUCGCCGGCGAGUCGGCCAAGCUCGCGCGCUACAACAAGAAGCCCACCAUCACCUCCCGGGAGAUCCAGACCGCCGUCCGCCUCGUCCUCCCCGGCGAGCUCGCCAAGCACGCCGUCUCCGAGGGCACAAAGGCCGUCACCAAGUUCACCUCCUCUUAGAUUGCGUGCCGCCGCCGAGCCUCUUGUUAGUUUGGUCCCGUUUGUUCGUGCGUCAACAAUCAAAGGGGGUUUGGUUCCCCUAUACAAACAGUGUAAAAUGAGUCGGAUUUUCUGAAUCGAUGAAUCAUCCAGUGGUUGUUUCAA